AUUUUGAAUUGUUUUGAAGCAGCGUCAACUACGGUUGCUCUAUAGAACGAUUGAACAGCUUAGUAACGUUCUGUUGCAUAGAAAUCAUAUAAAUGUGAAAGUUCAUACAUUUUCAAAUAUAUAUAUUAUAUACAUAAAUAAUUAUUUUCUCAGAAGUUUAUAAACAAAUUUCUUAGUUAAAUAAUAGUAACAAAAAUGGUUCCACGCAAAUCGGCACUUAGGGAAACCAAAUCAAAUGGUUCUAUUAUAUCAUUAAGAAAAGGAAUUUCAACAAGAAGCCAAAAUGUAAUAGUUAACAAUUUAUCUAUAAAGCAACCAAUAAUAAAAAAAGAUAACCGAGGUAAAAGAAAAGCAGAUGCAUCACCGUUGAAAGAUAAAACUGUUAAAAGAUCUGCAUUAGGAAAUAUUACCAACGCUAUUGGAAAACAAUUAGGAACACAACAACCGGAACCAAAAAAAGUAGUUAAAAAAAUUGCUACUAAAACCAAACCACAUAUUCCAAGAAAUGCAAAUAAGGUUGUAGCAGAGAAAAUAUUUCCAAAACAAGAUGUAGUAACAAUAACUAAAUUAAAGCCAGUACAGCGUGUGCAAGCAAUCAAACAUGAAGAAGAAGAAAAUAAAAUAGUUAACAAUAAAAUAGAACCUAUUAGGCCUAGCUUAGAUUCCCAAAAAUCCGAGAAUAGCUCGUUGUAUAUGAGUGCAUUGGAAGAAGAAUCAGAAAAUAGUAUUAAAAUAUCUAAGAGAGUAAAUAACGAGGCUGAAAUAAAUGAAAAAAAUCAGAAGAAUGAGAAAAAUGAAAUCAACGAAAAACCAAAAAUUGACGAUACUACGAAAGAUAAAGUAGAAAUAACAUAUAUUACUACAAAAAAUGUUGAUCCUAUACCUGAAAGGAUACUACCGCAAGGCGUACAGUGGGAUUUUGAUAUAGAAAAUUGGUUAGAUCCAUUUCAAGUAUCACAGUAUGCUAUGGAUAUUUUUAAUUAUUUAAAGGAUCGAGAAAGUUUAUUCCCUAUUGGUGAUUAUAUGGAAAAACAAGUAUGCCUUUCACGUUGGAUGCGAUCACUUUUAGUAGAUUGGAUGGUUGAAGUGCAAGAAUCAUUUGAACUCAACCAUGAAACUUUAUAUUUGGCUGUGAAAUUAGUUGACCUCUAUUUAACAAAAGUCACAAUUGGUACGGAGACUUUACAACUUUUAGGCGCUUCCAGUCUUUUUAUAGCCAGUAAAUACGACGAAAGGAUACCCCCGAUGGUUGAAGAUUUCUUGUAUAUAUGUGACGGCGCUUAUUCGCAAGGAGAACUUAUCAAAAUGGAAAUAAGUGUUUUAAAAGUAGUAGAUUUUGAUUUAGGUAUACCUCUUUCUUACAGAUUUCUUAGGCGAUACGCUAGGUGUGGAAAAGUAUCAAUGCCAACAUUAACUCUGGCUCGAUAUAUCUUGGAAUAUUCAUUGAUGGAUUAUUCGGCCAUUAGGUUUAGUGAUAGUAAACUGGCAGCGUCUGCUCUUCUACUUGCAUUUCAAAUGAAAGAUUUAGGUGGAUGGACUCCAACUUUAGAAUAUUAUAGUGGUUAUAAAGUUGAUGAAAUACGAAAUAUUGUCUAUGUUUUAAAUGAAGGACUACAUAGAAAACAUAAAGAAGCAUUAGUAACAAUUCGCAAUAAAUACAGUCAUAAGAUAUUCUUUGAAGUAGCAAAACUGCCAUUAAAAGAUACUCUAGAUAUUUAAAUACUUUUAAUAAGCAUUUAAAUGUAGAUAGAUAUUUCUAUAAUUAUUCCAAAACAUAAAUCUGAUUAACUGUUAUUAGUUGAUCUAUGCGUAAGCUAAAAUGUUAUCAUUAUAAUCUCACAAGCAUCAAUGUUCAGAUCAUAAUAAAUGAUUGAACACAGUUUACAUAAGGAAUAGGAAAAAAGAUAAUAUUUCGGUGUAAUUUUAAUUACUAUUGUGAAAUGUAAAAAUAGCUUAUAUUGAAUGACACAGAAGCUCAAUUAAUGCUUCGCAUAAAAAUUAUCUUCUAAAAGUCAAUACAAAUAAUCUCGUUAUGCAUCUACCUUUUCUUUUUUUUAUUAUUAUUAUUAUUAUUAUUAUUAUUUAUAGACUUCAAUAUCCUCUUUAUCGCUCUAUACCACAAUUUGUUUUAUAAUUUUUUGUUAACAAAAAAUAUUUAUUUUAACGCCACACUUUUGUACUUUCAGGCAAUGUUUAGCGCAAGGUAUUUUAAAAUAUCAAAAGAUUCAGAUAUGCAUUUAUUUAUUAUUUUUUUUUUCUUUUCUACUGAUAUUUUUCUUUUUGUUUUCUUUUUUACAACAUUGUAUACUCUGUAUUGUAACAAUUCAUUGAAUUGUUAUAAACUUACGAAUAGAUUUUAUAGAAAUUUAUUAUUUUGCAUCUUCUUUAAAGUAUAUCCGUGUGGCGCAUUGUUAUGCAUUUAUACAUCUUAGACGUAAACUGAUAAAGAAUGUGAAUGACGAAUAUUUAUCAAAUUUUUCAGUGUUCAUACAGAAUGUGCCCGUAUGAUUCUAUAGUAUUUUAAUAUAUAAUGACUGAAUUUGAUAAAUAUUAUAAAUAAGAAAAAGAAACUCGUAGCAUGCUUUUACUUUUAGAAGUUUUAUAAAAGAAAAAAAGAAAAAAAAAAAGUACGUUCGUUGUAAUGCUCAACAAAAUGUUUGAUCAAAUAUUUUUACAACGAUAUAUAUAUAAAAAGUAACACAAUGAAAUAAAUUAUUAUAUUCUUCUACUCCUAU